AUCAACCAAAUCUUCAGCCUAAACCUAACAACCACCCAGAGCUACAACAUCCUUGAGCACAUAACCAUGGCAAAGGCACAGACAAUGGGCGCGCUCCUGACCAUCUUGGUGGUCCUCGCCACGUCGGCCGAGAUGGCACACGGCAUCUGCAACCUGUCCAGCAAUGGCAUCAGGGCAUGCCAGCCGGCGGCGGCCAUCCGCAACCCGACCGAGCAGCCCUCGGCUGCGUGCUGCGCCGCCCUGGCCGGGGCCGACCUGCCGUGCCUGUGCCGGUACAAGAACGCCGCCGGCGUGUGGGUGAGGUUCUACAGGAUCGACAUCAACCGCGCCAUGGGCCUGCCCGGCAAGUGCGGCCUCGCCAUGCCGGCCAACUGCUGAUCAUCAAUGGCGAACAGAGCUGUGCUUAGCAUGCUGUCUACGUCGGAGCAUGCACAUCGCUAGUAGUAAUUUCGUAUUAUACGGCUACGAGAUUGAAUAAAUGAAGCACUUAAAAGACUGAUAAUGUCUGGGCUUCUUCUCCUGGUGCUGCACUGCAAUAUAUUUCAUGAGCUGCGAGUGAGCUCAUCAAUCAGUGCAGAACAAAGUGUCAGGACUGUCUUAUGAAUAUGUGUGUCUUUUGUCCACUGCAAAGUUGGACUUAUUAAUAUGAAUGUCUGAAUGGGCAAAUUUGGCGUGAA